AUGGGGGUAACAAAUUUUGAUGAAAGGUCCGCCAUCCCGUUUUUGACCAACAACCUCAGGUCGGGCCCUUUCCACAACGACCUUGUUCGGAAUGAGCCGAAGACCUAUGCAGAACUGAUGGACCGCGCCACGCGGUACGCCAAUGCGGAAGUAGCAGAGAAGAGGAAGAAGGAGGAGGAGGAAGGCCGCGGACAGGGUGACAGGGCAUCUCACCCUCAAGAGGAUCGCCGCCCUCCCCGGUCGCGACGUGACCGGGGUCCCCGUCUAACCCCGCUACGACACUUGACCCCGUUGACACAGCCUGUUAGUGUAAUCCUGGACCAUGCCGAGGACAUGUGCAUCGUGUCGUUCCCCGAGGAAUGCUUAAAGAUUUCCCCCAAAGCCGACCCGAAGAAGUAUUGCCGCUUCCAUCGGCAACGUGGACACGACACCGACGAAUGUAUGAGGUCCAGGCAGGACCACGCAAAAGGCCCUGACAACACCCGAAAGAAGAAGGAUGGCACCGGGUCUUCUACUUCUGCCCCGCGCAAGAGGGAGCUCGACCACCUCACGGAGGACGAGGGGACCGAGCCAGACAGCCCACCAAAGAAGAAGGUCAUCCAUGUCAUCUUCGGCGGCCCGGAGGGAGGGGACACACCCGCUGAGAGGAAGAAGUGGGCGCGGAGCCUAUACGUUGGGGAUGUCGUCAGAGCACCCCAUGAGAAGAGGACACGCAGGGAGCCCAUAACGUUCAUCGACGACGACCUCCCGGAUGGACCCUUACCCCACCAGGACGCAUUGGUAAUCCGCUUGGACCUUAAUGACACUAUCGUCCACCGGGUACUGGUAGAUACGGGGAGCUCCGUGAAUGUCAUGUAUUAUGACACCUUCACACAACUCGGGUUAUCCAGGAAGCAACUUUCCCAGGUUCAGACCCCGCUAUCCGGCUUCACCGGAGACUCCAUUGAUACAGAAGGGUCCGUCAUCCUUAAAGCGCAGAUCGGCACCCCGCCGCACGUCAAGACAUGGGACGUAGAGUUCGUGGUGGUAAAGAUCAGCUGCGCCCACAACAUCAUCCUUGGCAGACCUGCCUUGGAGGACCUCAGGUGCGUCAUCUCUAUGGAGCACCUUUGCCUCAAAUUUCCUACUCCCACCGGAGUGGGCACCGCGAGGGGGGACCAGAAGGUCAGUCGAAGCUGCUACUUGAAGGCCUGCCGCCAAAUAAUGAAGAAGGACCUCCAGGUACAGACAGUAACCGAGAGGGCCCUCCGGGAAGAGGAGAAGCGGCCCCGCGCCGAACCCGUGGUGGAGACGGAAGAGGUCAUCCUGGACCUCAGCCGACCUGACAGGAUGGUGAAGGUGGGCACCGGCCUCCCAGCUGACCUCCGAGGACGGAUUGUCGAGGUCAUCCGCAGCUAUAAAGACGUGUUCGCUUAG